CUCCUCCCACUCCUAUAAAUGGAGGCCGCGUGCAUGGUGUUAUCCUGAGGCACUUAAACUAGGAAAGAGUUCACAUCAUAAGAGGAGAGGGGAAAGAAUGGAGAGCAGAAGCCUUGUGUUAGGGGCUUCUUGCAUGGCUUUCUGUCUCUUGGUUGCUCAAGCUUUAGCAUAUACCAAGAACGGGACGGCUCCCAUGGUUCCAGCAGUCAUAGUGUUCGGAGACUCGAUCGUGGAUACAGGCAAUAAUAACGUUCUGGAAACCAUCGUCAAGUGCAACUUCCCUCCCUACGGACAGGAUUUCAUCAAUCACCAGCCCACCGGAAGGUUCUCCAAUGGAAAAGUCCCCUCAGACUUCAUAGCUUCUGCGAUGGGUGUGAAGGAAUUGGUGCCUCCAUAUAUUGGCUACGACCUUCAAUCCGAAGACAUCCUGACUGGUGUGACCUUUGCUUCUGGUGCAACUGGAUACGACCCUCUCACCUCAACCAUUAACGUUAUAUCGAUGACAGAUCAGCUCCAGUUGUUUGAGGAGUAUAAAGAGAGAAUGAAGGCCAUAGCUGGGGAAGAAAGGACUGCAACCAUUCUGUCCAACAGUCUAUACGUUGUAUGUUGUGGAACCGAUGAUAUCGCCAAUACCUAUUUUACCACCCCACUUAGGAAGCCACAUUAUGACAUUCCUUCCUAUGUGAACUUGCUGAUAACUGGGGCUUCUACUUUCCUCGAGAAAUUAGUCGGGAUGGGAGCCCAGAAGAUUGGAUUUGUGAGUCUUCCCCCCAUAGGAUGCAUACCAUCGCAAAGAACACUUGGUGGAGGAAUCCUGAGAGAUUGUGAACCAACACGUAACCAAGCAGCACAGUUGUUCAAUUCCAAGAUAAAAAAGCGGAUCGAUAAAAUUGCCGGACAACACAAGGGCAUAAAGAUUAUCUACAUUGAUAUCUACUCCAUCUUACUUGAUCUUAUGCUACGACCCUCAAAAUAUGGAUUUGAGGUAUCAACGAAGGGAUGUUGUGGCACUGGAGAAUUAGAGGCUUCAGUUCUGUGUAACAAGGUGUCAGCUUCCACCUGUUCAGAUAUCACCAAGUACGUUUUCUGGGAUAGUUACCACCCAACUGAGAGAGCCUACAAGAUCAUAGUUGACAAAAUUUACCAAGAUUACAUAAAAUUUCUGUUGUAAAGAUAUAUUUUUCUUGUCUUCAUGGUCUCUUUGAUACUACACACUAUCGACAAUCUUUAUUAAGUACCAACAAUAUAUAGAGUAUGUUCUUUGGAUAAUUAAUUUCGAUGGUGUAUGUUGGAGUGUUAACUCCAGUUAUCUAUACAUUGAUUUGAUUUA